AUGGGCUUACGUGGUUUUCCGUCUUCACCCCCUUUUAGGACAACAGGAGAUGGAAACUGCCUGUACAAUGCUUGUUCCAUUGCAUUGUGUGGCAACGAGACCCUUGCACCUUACCUGCGUUGUCUUACAAGCAUUGAGCUUUUUGUAAAUUCUUUGUUUUAUGUAAAACACCCUAUCUUAGAGCAGCAGCAUAACAAAGGCGCAUUUUCUUGCAUUGCAAAUGCUUUUGCAAUGUGCCUGUCCGAUAUAGCUCUGGAUUCGCUUGCUAAGGACGAUCUUAGUAAAUCUGUUGUAACCGAAUCAUACAACAAUGCAUUGAAUCGCCAGUGGAGCUCGUUCCUUUGCCUUCUUGCAUUGUCAAGUGCAAUAAGCCUUCCAAUUGAGGCAUACUUUCCCAUCCCAACAACAAAUGAAAGCACCUCCGAAGAGAAGAAAGAUUCUUUGUCCACAAUGUUUAAUUGCACUAUUCAGCCACGAGUAAUAACUAAAUUGAAUUCUGAUGAGAGGAUUCACAUUUUUCGGUGUGCACUGAUGCCAAUAGAUUAUUCUGUGGUGAGUAAAAUUCCUGCACGUAAAAACCAUUACGUUGCCCUCUGUAAGCCAAAAGACAACAUCAGUGACCCAACCUGCAUUCAGAAGUUUUUUAUGAAGCCCGUUCUCUCCGGUAUUGACGCAAGUUCGACCGAAAUAAGGACGACCCCUUCAUAUGCUGGAAAAAUAUCACAGGCAUUGUCUGCUCCCCAACCCUCAUCUGGCCAUCAACCUUCAUCCGCUCCGCAACCUUUAUCUUCUGGUACACAAAAAGUUAAAAAAAAGCAAGCUGUUCUUGAUAAUUUAUUUCCGAAGAAAAGAAAAUUCGGCGAGCAAAGUGGUGAUGAAGAGGCUCAAAUUCAUAACCAACAACCGAAGAAACGGCCAAGCAGCUCGCUGGUACAAAAAGAAUCAUUUUCAAAACCGGAUCCUUCUAGUUUUCCCACAGACAUAGCCAAUUACGCGAACGCAUCCUCGUUAACUGAUGAACGAAAGUACCACGUUCUUUGUAAUGUUUGGAGACCAUCGGCAACGUACACGUUUCCAUUGGACAACGACAAAAGAAAGUUCCGUUUUGAAUGGUUGAACUUAUUCCCAUGGCUAGCGUAUUCACAAAAGGUGGAUGGAGCUUUCUGCAUAAAUUGCGUGUUAUUUGGUUCGGAAUGUAAAGGUGUGCACAAUACAAGUAAACUGAACAGGCUAUUUACAUCCCCCUUAAGAACAUGGAAAGUUGCAUCUACCAAAUUUCGUGAGCAUUCGGAGAAGUCGCCACUACACAAAGCAGCCACAUCGCGUGCAGCAAUAUUGAGAUCGCACAUGGAAAAGAAAUCGGAACCCAUUGAUGUUUUGCUGGAUGAAAUGAAAAGGCAACAAAUAGAAGAGAACAGACAAAUAUUAAGACCCAUCGUUGGAGCAAUUGUUCUUUGUGGAAGGCAAAAUAUUUCAUUACGAGGACACAGAGAUGAUUCUUCAAAUUAUCUGUCAGAUGACGUCAACUGUGGCAAUUUUAUAGAAAUAUUAAAGUAUGGAGCAGUAUGCGCGGGGAAGACACUAGAAGAGUUUUUCAAGAGCACCCCAAAGAACCUGACGUACAAAUCCAAGACCAUCCAGAAUGAAAUUAUUGAUAUUUGCGGCGACCUCAUUACAAAGAAAAUUACAGAUGAGAUCCGCAAAGCAAGGUUUUUUUCCGUUCUCGCUGACGAAGCAGCUGAUUGUGGGAAAUUAGAACAACUUAGCCUCGUUGUUCGUUUUGUGGACGAAACGCAUCGCAUUAGAGAACAGUUUCUUGGUUUCCUUCAAUGCAACAGGGGUUUGUCGGGCGACGCUAUUUCCACUACGAUCAAAGAUUUCCUUCGUGAUCAGAAUUUACCAAUUGAUGACUGUCGUGGUCAGGGUUAUGAUGGAGCAGGAAAUAUGGCGGGGAGGCUAUCUGGAGCAGCAGCUAGGAUUCAAGAAAUUAAUAAGAAAGCCCUUUAUGUCCACUGUAACUCUCACAUUUUAAAUCUUUGCGUUGCUACCAGCUGUAAAGAACAACUUGUAAGAGAUAUGAUGGAUCAUGUUCGUGUCGCCUCAGAAUUUUUCAACUUUUCUCCCAAGCGUUUCGAGCUUUUGGUCAAGACUAUUAAAGAAAUUUGUCCUGCAUCAAGUCAUACGCGUCUGAUCAAUGUCUGCAAAACUAGAUGGGUGGCAAGAAUUGAUGGAUUGUCUGUUUUUAUUGAAAUUUUCCUCGCUGUUGUUAAAUGCUUUGAAACAAUUCGCGACAAUGUAGACAAAUCAUGGAAUGUAGAAUCCACCAGAAAAGCAUGUUAUUUAUUUAUUUUAGUUACCUCUUUUCCGUUUAUCGUAACCCUGGUUGUGGUCUCGAAAUGUCUGGAGGUGACCCGUCCACUCACCGUGCAACUGCAAGAAUCAGCUAUAGAUGCAGGAAUGGCAAGAGAAAAGGUAUCUGGUUUAUAUGUACACCUCGAGAAAGUGAGGAAUGAAGUGGAUAGAAGGCAUGACUCGUUGUACCAAGAAGCAGUCUCUCUUGCAGAUUCAGUUGGAACCGAGCCACACAGACCAAGAAUAGCAGGAAGGCAGCAUCACCGCGCAAACACACCAGCUGACUCACCACCAGAGUACUACAAGCGUGUGGUUACCAUUCCCUUUUUGGAUCAUCUUAAGUCCCAAAUCCAAACUAGAUUCUCCGAGACUAACCUGGAUGUUAUGAACGCUGUUUAUGGUUUACCCAGGAAUGUUUUGACCUGCCCUGACUGGAAAACAAAAUUUUCGAAAUUCCUUGACAUGUACAAAGAUGACCUACCGCAACCUCGCUUUCUCAGUACGGAAUUGGAAAUGUGGAGUGAACGAUGUCAGAUGGAAAAGGGCCCGUUGCCAUCGAAAUUAACUGAUGUUUUGCCUUUUGUAGACAAAAUCAGCUUCCCUAAUAUAUAUACUGCAUUACAAAUAUUUGCUACAAUCCCAGUUACUACAUGUACUUGCGAAAGAUCUAUCUCUGUUUUACGCCGACUUAAGACAUACCUUCGCAGCACCAUGUCAGAAUCUAGGUUGAAGAGUCUAGCAUUACUGAAUGUACAUCGCGAAAUUCACUUGGAUACUGAGGAAAUUAUUGACGAAUUUGCAAUCAAACAACCACGACGAAUGAUGCUAAAACUAUUUUGA